GGCCGUCAGUGUUGUAGCUACGACAGUUCUGGUAACACGUGAGGAGUUUGUUUUGUGGUGUUUUCAGACUUUACUAGAGAAAAUAUAUAUAUUUUUUAAACCCUCCGAGGCGCCAUGCGGGACCGGUCGCUCCCCGCCUCCCCCAACUGGUACUGUUCCCGCUGCAGCGACGUGAGCCGCGGGGGGCUGCUGGGGGUCGGAGCCAAAAACGUCAUCUGCCUCCUGGACGUGUCUGCGUCUACCUGCAGGGUCACAGGUGAGCUUGUGGGCCAUAAAGACCUGGUUUCAGGCGUCUCUUUCUGCCAGCAUGAAGCUCAGAGCCACAUCUGUGUCAGCUCCUCCACCGACGGCAGCGUUCGCUUCUGGGACUCGGACAAGAGGAUGUUAAUCAGAGAACAUGCAGCUCAUCAGAACCCGGUGUCGGCGGUGCACUGGUCCCCGGUGGAUAAGAACCUGGUGGUGUCGGGGGAUGAGAAGGGCAUCGUGGUCUGUCACUGGUACAACACCGGAGACACCAGCAGCUUCUUCCCAGAGCCGAGGACCAUCUUCUGCCUCAGCUGCUCCCCUCACACCUGGAACUGUGUCGCUGUUGGGUACAAAGACGGGAUGAUCGUGCUCAUCGACGUGAGUAAGAAAGGCGAAGUGAUGCAUCGUCUCCGUGGACAUGAUGACGAGAUCCACUCGCUGUCCUGGUCACCAGUCGCAUCCGAGGACGUUUUCUACAGUAGACCUGAGGACGGGGAAGCAACAAACGGAGUGUCUGCAGCCGAGGAGAAAGGAUGCUAUCUGGCAUCCGGCAGCAAAGACCAAACUGUGAGGAUCUGGAGCACAGCCAGGGGAAAAGGCGUUACAACAUUAAAGCUGCCAUAUCUGAAGAGAAGAGGCUCUGUGGUCGACCCCGGCGUCAAAGAGAGACUCUGGCUGAACGUCCACUGGCCGAAGGGACGAGUGACGCAACUGGUGUCGAGCUGCUUCAGUGGUGAGUUGAUGAUGUGGGACUUGGCUAAAUCAGGGAAGCAGAGGUGGACUCUGUUCGGAACGUCUUCGGAGGGUCAGAACCACAGCAGGAUUGUCUUCAACACGAGUUCCUUUCAGCUGCCGGACGGGAAAGAGCUGCUCAUCAGCACCUCCAUGGAUAGAGAGAUCAAAUGCUGGGACUUGGCCUCUCUGGACUGCUGCUGGACUCUGCCCACCCUCGGCGGGUUUGUCUACGCCCUGAGCUUCUCCCCGGUGGGUUCUGGGUGUCUGGCAUUGGGUGUCGGUGACAACAUGAUCCGGGUUUGGAACACGCUGACCACCCAGAACCGGUACGACACCAGGUCCUUCUGGCAGGGCAUCAAGUCGAAGGUCACAGCGCUGGCGUGGCACCCGACGAAAGAAGGAUCCUUGUCGUUUGGAACAGACGACGGUAAAGUUGGAAUCUACGACGUCUUCUCAAACAAGCCUCCUCAGAUAUCGAGCUCCUAUCACCGAAAAACAGUGUACACGCUGGCCUGGGGACCUCCAGUCCCCCCGAUGUCAUUUGGUGCAGCAGGAGGAAAGCCGAGUUACAGCCUGUACAGCUGCGCCGGCGAAGGAGUUAUUCUGCAGCACGAUCCGUCCAAACUGAGCGGAGAUGCCUCGGACAUCGACCGGCUCAUCAGAGACACCAACAACAUCAAGCACAAGCUGUCUCCACACACCGACCUCAGCUGGAAGCCAGAUGGGAAAGUUGUCGCCGUCGGCAACGAGGACGGAUGUAUUGAUGUGUAUCAGGCUCCCAGUCUGAAGCUCCUCUGCAGCAUCCAGCAGCAUCACAAGAUCAUCAACUCGUUACGGUGGCAUCACGACCACAGUUGUGCUCCGGAGCGGCACAGUCUGCUGGCGUCGGGCUCCAGCAACGCCACCGUCUUCGUGCACGAUCUCCACUCCGUUAUAGAGAAUCCUCCAGAGAGCCCCGUGGUGCUGACUGAACCUUACCGCCGGCUGUCUGGACAUACAGCUAAAAUCACCGGCAUGUCCUGGAGUCCUCACCACGAUGCCAGACUGGUGACCGUCUCCUACGACGGCACGGCUCAGGUGUGGGACGUGUUGGAGGAGGCGGCGGUCUCCAACUACCGUGGACACGUCGGUUAUCUGCUGAGCGUUGACUGGUCGCCCGUGGAUCCAGACGUGAUCUGGACUGGAGGGAAGGACUUCACCGUGCAGGAGUGGAACGUCUCCAAACAGGAGUUUACAAAGCCGCCUAAAGGGAAAAAGAUGGCGGAUCUGAAGGAGAAGAUGAAGACCAACACCAAGCAGAAGAAGAAGAACAAGAAGACGACCGGAGGAGCAUCGUCAGCAGAUCUGAACGGAGAGGCUGUUACCGGAGAGAAGGUGGUGACGGGUCUGGAUGUGUCUGCUGAGGAUGAGGAGGAUGAAGUCUGCUCUACUAACAGUCCUGUACCUGCUCCAGCCACUUUUGAGAUGCAAAGAAAAUCCUCUGCUGUUGUAAAGAGUAAAGACAAACCAGACCUGAACCUGCUGAAGAAGAAGAAACCUCGCUCCAUGCUGCCCCUCAGUACAUCCAUGGACCACCGGCCCAAAGAGGAGCUGCUGCAGGACUGCAUCACUCUGGCUUCAGUCAGGCACAGCGACGCAGCUCCUGCAGGAUGUGUUCCAGGUCAGGGAGAUCACAUCCAUCUGGGUCUGUUCACCGACAGAGCAGCUCUGCAUCGCAUGUUCCAGGCAGAAGAGGAAGGCCACGUGGAGGCGGGUCACUUCGACUCUGUGGUGUACCUGAGGCUGUGGAGUGGAGACCUGGAGGGGGCGCUGCAGCUCGCCACCGAGAAAGGAGAGCUCAACGACCACCUGCUGUCCAUCGCUCCCAUGGCUGGGUUCGGGGUUUGGAGUCGGACGGUCGAGGCCUUCGUUAAGCAGCUGUGUCUGCAGGAGCAGUACCUGAAGGCAGCAUCUCACCUGCUGUCCAUCAACAAGCUCUACGAGGCCGUCGACCUGCUGCGCUCUCAUAAACUCUACAGGGAGGCCAUCGCUUUGGUCAAAGCCCGGCUGCCGGCAGACGAACCCGUCCUGAAGGAGUUGUACACCUGCUGGGCCGCCACGCUGGAGAAAGACGGACAUUUCUCUGCAGCCGCUAAAUGUUACCUCGCUGCUGGUGCCAGUUUCGAUGCAGCUAAAGUGGUCUCCAGGAAGAACGACGUCCUGUCGCUGAGCACGGCGGCCGGCCUCGCCAGGAUCUCCGGAGAGGUGGAUCUGGCUCAGUCGCUGGCGCUGCGAUGCGCUAAACACCUGGCAGCUGCUCAGGACUGGGUGGGAGCUCAGGAGGUUCUGAGCUCACAGGACAGUCUGCUGGUCCACAGGCUGCAUCUCUGUGUUGCUGAGCUGCUGACUGUGACGCUGCUCCACUCUGACGUCGUCUCCACUCAUUCCUGGGCGUCACCGAGCGAAUGUCGCGUCGACCUCCUGGACCGGAUCAGAGACGUCUGGCAGGAACAGUUCAGCCAUUCACUGAUCUCAGCAGGACUUGAUCGAGUCGGAGGUCUUCUGCAGGAGCUGAAGUGUGUGGAGAGUCCAGCACCGACCGCUAACGUCCCCCUAGGACAGAUCCUGCUCUACUCUUCCCUCCAUCUGACCCGAGCUGUUCUCAGCUGGUUGCUGGACGACGACGAUCAGCUGAUGAAGGACUUGUGGCAGACGCUGGUUUGGCUGAAAGAUGGUGGACACUUGGACGUCUUGGCUGAACUCUGCAGGAUGCUGUUCCCCAACGGUGACGUAGGUUCCAAGAAACAUUCCAAAACACUUCAUCUCUCAGAGGAAGCUAAAGCUGCUGCCGGCAGUCUGCAGGCUUUGGUCUGUUACCACCGUCUGUAUGAGUUCUGGUGGAAGAACUCAGCCAGCAGCCAGGAGAUCCACAACGGACUUUCCUGUCCUGAAGACGAGGCGGAGGACAGAGUGAUGAACGGAGGUCCUUCAAGAGAGAAGCUCCAUCCAGCCACAGGGAGGUUGGAUAUCCUGGACUUUGAUGCGUCGCUGCUUCUAUCGGAGCCCCACGCUGCCUGUCAGGCCUCCCAGAGAGCCGUGAAGGAGGUCCAGGAGCAUCUGAACAACAUGGUACUGCAGCACAGCCAAGGACAGGGAGGACAGCUGGACGCUGGGGAGAAGCAGGACGACGGUCCCAGACAGGAGAAGGACUUCCAGGGUUCAGCUGAUGGAGACCAGCGUUCUGAAGGCCAGGAGACUCUGCUGACUUUGUCCACCAAGAUGUCCAGCUGUCAGAAGGAGCUGGCUGAGCUGCCCGACACAAUCAAGAUGUUUCCUCACCCAGAUGUUGUGGAGUGCUGCCUGGUUCUGUUGCACCUCAGCAGGUCUUCGCUGACUCUGUCCGACUCCCUCCAGAGAGACGCCAAAGAUUUGCUCCGGAAGUACGGGACGAGUCCGUCUGUCCUGAAAGCCUCCCGGCGGUUCCUCUCCUGAUCGUUUACUGAUGAACUGAAAGAAGCACUUAACCUGUACAGAUACUUAUUGAUUCAAUAAAAGUCUUUGAUUACUAAGUAAA